CCGAAUCACAUCAUCCACCAUGGACGAGAAAGACCUAAAAGAAUGCUAUAGACCACCGCUGCCGCCUCGGCCGUCGCGGAAUCCGUCUGCAUCGUCGUCUUCGUCGCAGACCCCGUACCCCAAGGAUGAAAAACACCUGUAUGAUUAUAGCGGCCAGGCGCCGGACCCAGGGCCGACGCAUACCACGCAGGACGGCUUCGCGGGCUUCACCUACGCGCAUUCUCCGUUCGACCCGCCCCCUUUGCCGGCGUAUUCCGAGCAUCCGGAGCCGCCGACUCUGAUCCGGAACCAGAUUCCCGAUGAGAAGGAGGCGAAGCUGCCGGUUGUGAUUCCGCAAACAUCCCACACCCUCCACGGCACAAUCUACCGGCCUUUUGCGCGCGCCUACCCGCCGUCUCUCGCCCUCACGACCGCAACAUACAACGACCUCUCCACCACAAACACCUACCAAGGGCCGAACCAGAACCUCGCCGCCGGAUCCAUCUCCGCGACGGACUUCCUCGCCUUCAUCGACGGCCUGAACGCCGUCUGGCUGGCCCAUCCCUACCUGCAGGCCGCCAGUGCCACGACCUGCAUCUUGGGCUUCGUGCCGCUCCUGGAAGUCCAGCUGGCUGCGCUGGGCGUGCAAGUCGCCACCGAGUACGGGUCCAUCAAGCUGUCGCAGAUGCGGACGCAGGCGUACCUAAGGCUGGCGAAUGAGGAGCUGUUCGUGCCGAGGGGCCUGCGCGUGCAGGUCCUCAAGACGAGGAAGAUGAUGGAGGUGGCGGGGGUGCCGGGAGAGGUACUUUCUUUGGGAGAGGGGAGGGGCGUGAAGGGGGGGAUGGACGGGGAGGAGGUUUUUGAUGAUGAUGACAGUAUGGCGGGGACGCCGGUGGAAGAGAAGGGGAAGGGGUAUGAGUCUCUUUCGCGUGUUUCUCGUGAGCUGGAUGGCGAGAAGGGCAAGGGGAAGGGGAAGGAGAGGGAGAAAGACUACGACCUCAACCUCAACCCCAGCUCUAACCCUACCUCUCCAUCUAUUGAAAAGACACAGACACAACCAGACAGCAUAAGCAAAUACGACCCCCAACUGCGCCGCAUGUCCGCGCUACACGGCUACGUGCAACCCCUCGAAUUCGACACCGACCUCCCCCUCUCCGAGAACUGGCUCAAGCGGGCCUCCGAGAAGCAAAGCCGACUCUUUGCAUCUCGCCAGAACUCCAUCUUCAGCGGGAAGCGCGACAAAGCGGCGAAACAGAUCUCGGAGGCGCAGGACGCCGAACGCGAGCUCAACGCCAAAGUCUCCGAGGUGGAGGACGCACAGCGCGAGGUGCGGGCUCGGGCACGCGAGAGGCUGCAGGGCCCGCUGGGCGAGUCGAUGCAGGGGAGGCUGAUCGUGCAGGAGGAUCUGGAGAAGGAGAUGAAGAAGCUGGAGAAGAAGAUGGAGAAGUUGGGUCGGGAGCGGGAGAAACGGGUGACGAGGAAGAUGCAGCAGAGUCAGAGGAGUAUUGAGCGGGUGGAGAAGCGCGAGACGAAGAUUGCGCAGCGCGUGAUGUGGGUGGUUGUCACGGAGGAUGAUGGCCGGGGGUUUGAGAAUCAUCUGUGGGAGGAUUCCGAUUGAUCCACGGAUUCUUGUGGCUUGUUUUUAUAUUUCGGUUUGUUCUUUCAGCCCUAGCUGAUGGAUCGUACAUGAAGACAUCCUAAUUCUAGAAAUCAGCAUUCUACUAAUUCGAGCAGUGAUAACAAC